AUGUGUGAAUUGAGACGCGUGAGCUGCAACCUCAAAUAUAUCACCACGUCGAAAGUCUCAGUCUUUGAUAUGACCUAUCCCACGAGUGGAUUGACAGACGGUCAGAAUUCUGCGGCCAAAGGUAUUGGGCCAAGGACAGUUCGUUAUAUGCCGCUGUCGAGGAUAUCGGUAGCUGAUUACAAGUCAGACGCGUUAGCCAUUACGCCACACGGGCUUAUUUAUGUGCUUGUUGAGAUAAUUUCUCUUGAUAUCAAGCUCAUCUUCCUCCUCAUUACCGUUCCAGCCGAGCUCUAA